AUGACAUCUGCUGGGGAAUCGAGCGGAGCACCCCUGUAUACCUCGGAAUGGAGAGAUACUGUCAAGGAUCUGGUUGCGGGAGCGGCGGGGGGUGUUGCGCAGGUAGUUAUUGGACAACCAUUUGACCUCGUCAAAGUCCGCCUCCAAACCCAAGGCGGCACAAACACCAAUGCCCUCUCCCUAACCCAGCAGAUCUGGAAACGCGAAGGCCCAUUAUCAUUCUACAAGGGAUCCCUCGUUCCCUUACUAGGCGUUGGCGCCUGCGUAAGCAUCCAAUUCGGCGCCUUCCACCACUUCCGGCACCUCAUCGAGCACCACAACCAUCAAACCCACCCAACUCUACCUACCACCCCGACGCUCCCCCAAUACUACCUCGCCGGCUGCUUCGCCGGCCUAACCAACAGCCUCAUCUCCGGUCCCAUUGAACACAUCCGCAUCCGCCUGCAAACACAACCCCACGGCGCCCUUGCACUCUACACCGGUCCGCUCGACUGCGCACGCAAGAUAAUCUCCCAAGCGGGGAUCCUCCGUGGGUUAUACCGCGGCCAAGUGGCAACCCUCCUGCGCGAAGGCCACGGCAUCGGGGUCUGGUUCGCCUCCUACGAGGGAUUCCUGGGUCUCGCGGCGCAGCGACAGGGGAAGCGGAGGGACGAAUUGCCGAGUUGGCAGAUCGCCUUGUGUGGGGGUUUAGCAGGGGAGAUGUUGUGGUUGUUAAGUCAUCCGGUAGAUGUGAUUAAGAGUAAGAUGCAGAGUGAUGGGUUUGGAGAGGCGCAGAGGUAUAAGGGGUUUAGAGAGGCUGUGAGGAUGACUUGGCGAGGAGAGGGGGUGAGAGGGUUGUUCUUUGGGAUCGGGCCGGCGUUGGCGAGGGCGAUGCCCGUUUCGGCGGGGACGUUUGCGGUGGUGGAGCUGGUGAGGAAGGUGUUGAUUUAG